AAACAACGUAUUAGAUUUUCUUAAAGAUGUUUCCGCUUCGAUAAUUUUUUUAAUUAUAUUUAAAUUGGCUAAAGUGGAAAACAAGUACAACAUUGAUUGUUUGUUUAUAUCGUAUAUUUGAUUUAUGGUUAGGAAGUAUUGGCGGUAAGCAUUCUGUAUUCCAUUUAAAUGACCAUGAAUCCAAAUUACCUUCUUGUAGCCGCUAUUGAUUUUGGCACAACGUAUUCUGGCUAUGCAUUUUCGAUGAGACAUUCAUUUGAAAAACAACCAAUGACAAUUCAUGCAAAUCAGGCCUGGAAUGCUGGAUCACAACAAUUGCUGUCAUUAAAAACACCAACAUGUUUGUUAUUAGAUUCUAACAAACAGUUUGUUUCAUUUGGAUACGAAGCUGAAAACCAGUAUGCAGAUAUUGUGACGGAUAACGAACAAGACGAGUAUUAUUAUUUCCACAGGUUUAAGAUGUGUUUGCACAAACAUAAGGAUGUUUCAAUGGACUUGAUACUAGAGGACAUUACAGGAAAACCAAUGCCGACAAUUGACGUAUUUGCACUAUCAAUACAUGCCCUGAAGAAACAUCUGAUGUUAUAUUUGACAAAGCAAGGCACUGAAGUAGAACUCAAGGAUAUUAGAUGGGUUUUGUCUGUUCCUGCAAUUUGGACAGAUAUUUCAAAACAAUUUAUGAGAGAAAGUGCAGUAAAGGUUGGUAUAUCAAAGAGUAAUCUUCUGCUAUGCUUAGAGCCAGAAGCUGCUUCCAUAUAUUGCCAAUACCUGCCUACAGACAAACUGAUUGGUAUAGAACCAGGAUUCACAAUGGCAAAACCGGGGACCAAGUAUAUGAUCGUAGAUCUUGGAGGUGGAACAGCAGACAUCACGGUACACGAAAAAAUGCUAGGUGGCCGUUUGAAGGAAUUAUGUAGAGCUACUGGUGGCGACUGUGGUGGAACUUGCGUUGAUGCAGAAUACAUUCAGUUACUGACAAAGAUUGUCGGUGCACCUAUCCUUAAAAUCAUGAAACAAGAAUAUCUUGAAUCAUAUCUAGACUUAAUACGAGAUUUUGAAACAAAAAAGAGAACAAUUAGUCUAGACACAAAAAAGGUUAACAUGCUUAUACGGGUACCAUAUUCAACACUGAACACACUUUGUAAAAAACACCUAGAAGAAAAUUUCCGAAGCGUCCUAGCAUCAUCAACAUAUUCAGAUUCCAUUGUUAUUCAUGGUGAUAAACUGAAAAUACAUGCUAAUGUUUUAAGGAAACUCUUCGACAAAACAAUUGCGAAUAUUAUAUUGCUCAUUAAAGAAACACUUCAAAUGGAAAGUGCAAGAUUCUUAAAUAAAAUUAUCCUCGUCGGUGGAUUUUCUAACUGCGUUCUUGUUCAAGAAGCUGUGAGACGAGAAUUUCCAAACUGUAGAAUAAUAAUACCGUUUGAUCCUGGUUUGUCUGUCUUACAAGGUGCUGUUCUGUUUGGUCAUAAAUCAGACGUCAUUUCAUCUAGGAUUAGUAGAUUUACAUAUGGAAUCUCGUUCAACCCAAAAUUCGACCCAGCUAUCCACGAUGAAAAAUAUCGUUUUUUAUCAGAUGGUGUUUGGGGAUGUAAAAAUGCCUUCGAUAAAAUAUUAGAAAAGGAUUCGGUAAUUCCAAUUGGAACUGUAAUACACAGAAAGUAUCACACAAAAAUUAAUGUCAAUAAAAUAGGGCUUAAACUAUUUGCAAGUGAACAUCAUAAUCCAGUUCAUACAGCAGAUGAUGAUUGCUUUUCUCUUGGUAAUAUUGGCAUUGAUGUCUCGGAUUCGUCGAGGUGCCAAGUUUUAGAAGUCGGGUUCAUUUUUGGAAACACUGAACUGAGUUUGACUGUGAUAGAAGCUUCAUCGGGUAACAAAUGUAUGGCACAGUUUACAUUAGAAUAGCAAUGUAUGUGAUGAAGAAACAAAUUUAUAUGAUCAUCUUCUAGAAAAAUUCUAUAAUGAAUAACUCUUGUAAUGUUGAUUACCAUUUGAAAGUGUACUAUUAAUCUUUAAAAAAAAAAUUAAAAACCUGUUUAUAUCGGAUUUUAUUUUUAUAAAAUAAGAAUGCGCACAAUUUUUUUCACUCUCACUGAGGUAGGUCAUAUAGAAACAAAUAGAUUUACCAUCAUGUUAAUAAAAGGUGUAAAACCACUGGUGACCAUUAAGGAACACUCUUUAAAUUUUAGUUUUAAAUAAUGAAAGAAAUAUUGUGAACUUAAAGUUUGAGGGUACAUAUUUUGUGUAUGUCCAAUCUUAAGUUCCAGU